AUGCAUUCAUCAAUAACACGUGAGUUUGACAUCCGGUUUCUUUGUCUCAUCCGUUCAUCGUGUCUUGUCAUACAAAGACUCCUAGGUAGGUGUAGAAGAUAUUGGAAAAUCGUAAACCUUCAACCUGCUGGUUCAUGACUCGACAUAUAUAUAUAUAUCUUCCUGCAAUGGCCAGUCAUCUGAAGAUGUAAGAGGUGUUGGACUCGUUUGUGAGAACGAUGGCAGAAUCCUUGAUGCUGGAUGAGCUUUGUCGCAUAGCAAAAGAGAUAAUAGAAGCAUCAUUCGCCAUCUCUUUGGAUUCUGAAACUGAAGGGAAAUUGAAGAACAUUGCUCGUUAUCUGGAAUCGGUAUAUGCCGCUGAUCGUUCGAAGCAUGCAACUCUGAGGACUGCUCAUGAGAAAGCCAUGGAGAUGCUUCAACAAUAUCGCCAAGCAUCAAAGUCGGCUCUUCUCUUGCUGGGGGAAGCUUACGAAGCUGUGGAGAAUUCGAAGAAGGAAGAGCAGAUUCUACUGGCAGAUCUGGAGUUCGUGCACCACAAACAGAACUUGCCCCCAGAGAUUCGGGCGAAUGCAUUGGGCAUGCUGGAAAAAAUUCAAGAUGCUCUUGAUAGAGAGCGCUCGAAGGAAAAGGAUAUCAUGAACAACAUACAGAACGAAUUGAACCACAGAAUAGAUUGGAUCAAGGCUUCUCUUCAUGGACCAGUAAAUUAUGGGAGCUGCCAAUCUUCUCCGUUUGACGAUACUGAGGAUACUCAUUCUGAUGUCUUCGCCAGUUUGGAGAUUUGGAGUCGUUAAAAACAAGAUAUGAAGCUUGUAGAGGUCUCUGGAAAACUUCUUUCACUCAGAAAUCUAUCUAUAUUGGCUAACGAACAAGUUCCUCUUCUACACGACGCUCAUAAAAAAUACACAUAUUGUAAGUUAUUCAUGGUAGCUGUUAAAGGAUUUCAAACCACCAUUAGAGCUCAAGAAAUUUUUGAUAUACAAGUAGCAAGAGGGUUUUAUUAUAUUUUAUUGGAGUCUACUAACAACACCAUGUCCUCAACAAUGAUUCAUGGCAAAGGUCAAAUAUUGUGUCUUUUCCAAUGUAAUGCUGCACUUUUUAAAAAGACGAUGUUGUAGUAAUAGAAAAUCCAACGGCCUUUGUUCGAGACUUUCGUUCGAACCAUGGUUUCGUAAAUAGGUAGAUUGUGAACGGCAAAUUACGUAUUCCUCCAAUGUCAGACUGCAGUUUGUUGUUCAGAGAACAGUUCAUAGCAUCAUUUUCGGUCGGCGCGUUGAUACUUUUGAUUCCGAAUGGCUAGAACACUAUAUUCGAGUUCAUGAACAGAUUUCGGGGUUGGAGUUUGCAAUGGAUUAAAAGUCCAAGGUUGUGAAGUCCUUGCCUUCAGUUCGUCGUCCCACAGACUAGAUCCACCCUUUUGAUCAGCAAUGUUUGCACUCAACAGUUUCCAUCCACGACAUCUUUACUUUGAAACUCGGGCUCUGUUAGUAUCCUGCUUUCACUUUCGUACGGUCCAACCUACCCAGAGCUAGUCGUUUUAUACUAGGUUUGAAGAAACAUUUUGGCAUCUUUACGAAAAUUUCCAUGUUAAUAGAGAACCAUACAAGAUUUAAAAUAAUGUCG